AUGGAUUCCCUCACGGGCGGUCUCAAUGACAGUCUCUACGAUCUCGUUCCGGGCGGCCACCACGCCACGGCCGCCCACAACGCCCACGCGGACACCACGCACGCCCACAGCCACGCCCGCGACACCGACGGAGGGGCGGCUUCCCUCUCGUCGGCGGCGGGCGGAACCACACACGCCCACAACCAGCACAACAGCGCCUCUUCCGCCGCCCGCCUCACAGUGCUCUCCGCCUCACGCCCGCACGACCCGCCGCCCAGGGAAACAAAAGCCUCUGCCACUUAUACAACCACUUAUACAGUCACCACAACCACCCCUGCCACAACCAUGUACAUAAGCACAACCACUACGACCAGAACUAACCACAAACAAUACCUCCACAACCGCAAACACCACCACCACAACCGCAAACAACACCACAACCGCAAACAACAACACAACCGCAAACAACACCACAACCACAGACAACACCACAACCGCAAACAACACCACAACCGCAAACACCACAACCACAGACAACACCACAACCGCAAACAACACCACAACCGCAAACAACACCACAAUCACAGACAACACCACAACCACAGACAACACCACAACCACAGACAACACCACAACCGCAAACAACACCACAACCGCAAACAACAACACAACCGCAAACAACACCACAACCACAGACAACACCACAACCGCAAACAACAACACAACCGCAAACAACACCACAACCACAGACAACACCACAACCGCAAACAACACCACAACCGCAAACACCACAACCACAGACAACACCACAACCGCAAACAACACCACUACCGCAAACAACACCACAAUCACAGACAACACCACAACCACAGACAACACCACAACCUCAAGACAAUAUAA